AUGACUGCCAUUCACAGUAUCCACACUGUCCCCUCACCGGACAAUCUAUCCACCUGCCCUCAAAUUAUCACCAUAGCUUCACCUAGCUCAAGCUCACCAUCACACACCAUCCCGCCCACCAUGUUCGCUCCCCGCCGAGCUCUCUUCGCCGUACGAAGGCUCCCUGAUCCUAUCAGCCGCACAAUUGUCCCUGUGCUGCGAUUUUCCACACAGGCAGACGCAGACGCCACGCUGCAAAACCCGGAUGUCACAGACGUGAACCAAGAAGAUGUGACCGCCAAGCCCAAAUACGCGUCCAGGGCAAAGGCUGCGCCUGCGAAACCAGCCGCUGCGGCCAAGGCGGCUCCCAAAACGACGACAUUUCCUCCUAAACCUGCGGCUGCGAGCAGCAAGGCAUCGGGCCUGGCGAAUCCCCACCAGGCUGUUACCGUGCAUAAGAGCACGUUGAGCGAAUCUAGCGAGACCGACACCGAGAACACACACGAUAUCAGCUGGGAGAAGAGCUGGUACGGCCUUGGAACUAAGCCUGUUACCGUUGAGCAGAACGAGGUCCUGUCGCGGCCGGUUGACCCUGAGGAUGUGGAGGUCAAGCCUGAUGGUAUUGUCUAUCUGCCGGAAGUCAAGUACCGACGACGACUGAACGAGGCGUUUGGACCUAUGGGAUGGGGCAUGGUGCAUCGUGGAGAGGUUGUUGUUGGGAACAACAUUGUCACGCGCGAGUACGCCCUCAUUGUCAACGGCCGUAUCGUCUCUCAAUCACAGGGUGUCAACAACUUCUUCAGCGCUGAAGGUGUCCCCGACGCCAUCGAGGGUGCCAAGUCCAACGCUUUGAUGCGAUGCUGCAAAGAUCUUGGUAUCGCAUCUGAGCUAUGGGAUCCCGUAUUCCUUCGCUGGUUCCGCAAGCACUACAUGGAGGACCGCUGGGUUGAGCAUGCAACCACCAAGAAGAAGAGGACAUUUUGGUACAAGAAGGGUCUUGCUGAAGCAGUGUACCCCUACAAGUUUGUCUAA